GUGGACAAGAGCUCGAGGAUCGCACCGGUGACGUCACCAGUCGGUGAAUCGGCGAAACCCGACACCGAUUAUUGCUCGGGGCAGGGAUGAGCGCGCGCGGCUCCGCUUCUGCAUAGCGCAAGUCGAGGCACGUGCGGCACCCACUGCCCGGGGCUACAGUAAGGAGAGAGAGAAAGAGAGAGAGAGAGAGAGAGAGAGAGAGAGAGAAAGAGACCGAUCCAGACCGUCCCUCCUCCCUCCCGUAGGAGCCUCUGCGUUACCGAACACCGGCUUCACUGUACCACGGAUCCGGUCUUGCACGUGCGCGCAGGACCAACACCGUGUAAGAACAUCCCAGCGCGCGCGCGUCCUCAUUGCUGUUGACAAGCGGAUGGGGAUUAGGAAGGGGGUGUAAAGUUUUCCAGAGAGAGAGAGAGAGAGAGAGCGAGAGAGAAAGAGAGAGAGAGAGAGAGAGAGAGAGAGAGAUCACCACAAGUUUACGUCUUGCGAAAAAUGAGGAGAGUUUGAGGCUCUCGUGCUUUUUUUCACCUUCACCGGCCGCCACCGAGCUCCGGCUCGCGCUCCCGGUCUCCUCUGGCGCGCGAUUCCGCUUUCACCCAGGACUCUGCUGCUCGGACAAAUGCAUACAAAUGCAUUUAGGAGCCCAACGGACAAGGGGCGGCCGCGUUACACAAACGAGAGCCCUCCUUCUGCUCCUGUCAGUAUGUUUCACUAUGCUAUCUGCAGAAGAACAUUCACCCACUCAAGGUGUAGAUCUUCUUCUUCAGUUGGGCCUGUCCAGCCGGAGAGAUGUCGCUCAUUCCUCUUGGAUGAUGACCUCACCCCCCCUUAUUUCUUCCCUUCCAUCGCUCUCUAUCCUUCCCCCUGGGGUCGGGGUGACCCUGGACCAUGAUGCCAUGAUUGAAGCCCCUUUAGCAAGUGUUCUUCCCGCAGGUGUGGAGAAGGAGUUUUCCCUGAUAGUGAGCCUCAACUCCAAGCGUGCGACCAAUGCCUUUCUUUUCAGUGUGCGGGAUGGAUUGGACCGGCUCCAGUUUGGUCUGCAGCUUCUGCCCAAUCGGGUGGUGGUGUACACAGGUUACAAGGCAUCCGUCUACUUUAGCUAUGAAGCACAGGAUGGACAGUGGCACUCGUUUGCAGUGGCGGUGCGUCCACGCUCUGUGUCAUUCGUUGCCCGAUGUGGGGGGCUACACUACAAUGAGGAGACACUGACCAGGCCACGAAUGGUGGUCUCAAAUGGCCGUGUGGCUAUCGGAAGGAUGAGCUCCAGGGUGGCACAGUUUGAAGGUACUCUGUGCCAGCUGGACAUAUAUCCUUCAGCUGAGGUCGCAGCACAUUACUGUGACUAUGUUAAAAAAAACUGCAGACUGGCAGACACUUUCCGAUCUCUAUUCCCUUCCACAUUGGCUUCCCUAACAUCCUCUACGAGCUUCCCUACUCCCUCUGAAACACACACACAAAACCCUGUCAACUCCACACUCAGGAACUCUAUAGGCAAAAUUAAACCUACAACUGCAUCCUUUUGGAAUACACUGAGAUCGAGUACUAUUCGGACUGUUGGUCCAUCUCCAAGCCCUUUCAAAUCAGCGCACUCCCCAGAUCUUUCUCCAAGAACUACUAUAAGCACCCCUCCAAGUGAAGGUGGAUCCUAUGAGGAGAACAACACGGACGAUCGGCAGCUGCUGGGAAGACCCCGUGCCACUCGGGCCACUCCGAACCUCAUCUCUCAGCACAGGAAGAACCAGCUGAUUAAUGACAACGGCUCCCAAAUGAAGCUGAAUGGUGCGACCCUAUACAGGCAGCAAGGAUACAACAACCAGCUGGAACAUCUUGAGGAAUAUGGUGAGGAACGGACGUACGACUCAGGGGUUUAUGGAUACGACUAUGGAUUAGAAGAUGGAGAAUAUAUUUUGGACUAUGAUGGCUUUGAUGGUCUGAAAGGGGAUCCAGGACCUCCGGGUUCUCCUGGUCCCCCCGGUCUCCCUGGACCUGCUGGGAAAAGAGGACCACGGGGUCCUCUUGGUCCUCACGGGAUUCCCGGGCCUCCUGGAUUACCUGGCCCCAAGGGUGCAAAAGGUGACCCCGGUCUGUCCCCAGGUCAGGCGAUGAAGGGAGAACAGGGUGAGAGAGGAGCACCAGGUCCCCCAGGCCCUAAAGGUUUUCCAGGUCCAGUGGGUCCCAAAGGCUAUCCAGGACCACCAGGUCACCCAGGAGAACAGGGGUUGCCAGGAUUGCCGGGCAUGGUCGGGGCGGCAGGUUACCCUGGCAGGCAGGGACUGGCAGGCCCAGAGGGAAACCCAGGUCCUAAAGGUGUCAAUGGUUUUAUCGGACCCCCAGGAGCACCUGGAGCACCGGGCAUACAAGGAGAAAGAGGGAUAGCAGGACCUGUGGGGAAGAUCGGACCCAAAGGACGACAGGGCGUGAUUGGAGACGCUGGGGAAAGGGGUCCUCCUGGACCUGAUGGGAAUCAGGGAUCUGUUGGAGCAACUGGCACCAGUGGCUUCCCAGGCCUCAGAGGCAACCCUGGGCCUGAGGGACUUCGUGGAAUACCUGGCAUUGUUGGACCUCAGGGCCUGCCUGGAGGUGUGGGACCACCAGGAUUGAAAGGUGAUAAGGGAGAACCUGGAUUACGGGGGCACCCAGGAGAGUAUGGCUACCAGGGUGACAAGGGGGCUGCAGGUAUUCCUGGACCACCAGGCCCACGUGGAAAACCUGGACCAAUGGGAAAAACUGGUGACCUCGGAGCAUCAGGGCCACCAGGGCCUCCUGGACCUGAGGGAUUUCCUGGAGACAUUGGAGUUCCUGGUCCCAACGGUCCUCCAGGCCCAAAGGGUGUUCAGGGAACACGGGGACCUCCAGGGCCUUUGGGACCAAAGGGAACUGAGGGAGAUGAAGGCCCUUUGGGUCCACCUGGCAGCCCCGGACCCACUGGCAGACCUGGAAGGAAAGGUUAUAUUGGUGAGCCAGGACCUGAAGGGCUGAAGGGUGAAGUCGGUGACCAGGGAAACGUUGGCAAGAGCGGCCCUCCAGGAGAAGAAGGACUUCCAGGAAUUCCAGGAGUGGCUGGCCCACCUGGGGAAAAAGGAGAUCGUGGUCCAGCAGGGCCUUUGGGUCCACCAGGAGAAAAGGGUUUAAUGGGCUAUCCAGGCUUGCCAGGAGGUCCUGGAGAUGUCGGCCCACAAGGCCCACCGGGUUUGACGGGUCUGAGGGGUACUCCAGGUGUUCCUGGGACGAAAGGAAGGAGGGGGCCGAGAGGAGCCGACGGACCACUCGGAGAACCAGGACCAGAGGGCAUCAAGGGAGAAAAGGGUGAGCCAGGCCAGAAAGGAGCUACGGGAUUUGUUGGCAAAGCAGGAAGUCCAGGGAAACGAGGAUCUCCAGGGCCAUUGGGUGUUGCAGGUCCACCUGGAAGUUCUGGUGAAAGAGGAGCUCCUGGGGAACCUGGACCUAAAGGACCACCUGGGGAACCAGGAGCAGAUGGAGAGCCAGGACCGGAGGGGCCUCCGGGACCUGAAGGUGAACAGGGGCCUGUUGGAGAACCUGGAUCCAAGGGUGAAACUGGACCUGAGGGUGCUGAAGGGGAGCAGGGCCAAGAAGGUGUAAGGGGGCCUCCAGGUCCAGCAGGAGAAGACGGACCUCAGGGAAAGGACGGGCCAAAGGGUGAACCUGGUGACCGCGGCGCAGUGGGAGAACCAGGGGAAAGGGGCGAGGUUGGUGACCCUGGCCCUCCGGGACCUCCUGGAGAUGCUGGCGUAAAAGGAUUCCUGGGUCCAGAAGGAAAACCAGGACCACCAGGUAAACGAGGACGUCAUGGAAAGAAGGGGGAUCAGGGUCCGGCGGGGCAGCCGGGAGAAACGGGGUCUGCUGGAGAAACUGGACAGGAAGGAGAGCGAGGACUGAAAGGAGCUCGUGGUACCAGAGGAUCACUGGGUCAAGCCGGAGUUAUGGGACCGCAGGGGGAACCAGGAAUGGAAGGGUACACAGGUCAUGUUGGUAAGCCCGGACCACCCGGACCCCCAGGACCUAAAGGUGAAAAGGGUUAUCCAGGGGAGGACAGCAAGACUCCAGGACCGCCGGGGCCCUUAGGUGAACCAGGUUCUGCAGGUGAGCGAGGUGACAGAGGAGAGCCAGGAGACAGCGGGUAUCAGGGUAAUGUUGGGGUCACCGGUGCUCGAGGCUCAAUGGGACAGCAGGGGGCGCCAGGCUCACCGGGACUUUCUGGAGAAUCAGGAUCUAAAGGAGAUAAAGGAACUCAGGGACAGCCAGGAAAGCAUGGUGCUCAGGGUCAGACCGGUUCUCCAGGUCCAGAGGGACCUGUUGGUUUGCCAGGGCCCAAAGGGAUGAUGGGAUAUCCUGGACCUGAUGGUCCCCCAGGGUUGCCCGGGAUAGCAGGAGCGCCUGGUCUGAUUGGUAAAACAGGUCAGCAGGGCACAACAGGUAUUGAGGGGAGGGCGGGACUUCCUGGUCCACGGGGGGACAUCGGAUUGCCUGGUGUGAUUGGAGACAGAGGAGAGCCUGGGAUACAGGGAGAGAGGGGUUUGCCGGGUGACAGGGGCCCAGCAGGCGCUAAAGGAUUGCAGGGGGCCACUGGAGACCAGGGAAGAAAAGGUGAUCCGGGGGUCAAAGGUCAACCGGGGGAAGUUGGAGACCCAGGCAUCUUAGGACUUCAGGGUUUCCCAGGACCCAAGGGGCCGAGUGGAGAUUUAGGCUUUGCUGGAGUUUCAGGACCCAAAGGACCACUGGGUUCAAUGGGUUUCACAGGUCCUGUCGGUCCUGUCGGAAUGAUCGGGCCAGUCGGAAGACCUGGUCUGCAGGGUCCUAAAGGAAGAACAGGAGAGAUGGGACCCCAGGGGCCACGUGGUAGUCCAGGACCGAGGGGUCCUCCAGGAGCUCCAGGUCCAUCGAGACGUCUGCUUGUGGGAGGAGCCAUGCUGACCGCCGUCCAGUCAGCACAAGUGCAUGAGAGCUACCAGAACGCAGAGGCAUCCCUGUCCGAACAGAAUGCUGAGGUCCUCAGGACUCUGCACUACCUGAGCACCGUCUUCUCCGACAUCAGGACCCCGGCAGGGACUCGGGAAAACCCCGCCCGCUUCUGCAAAGACCUAUUGGACUGCAGACCCAAUAUGGCCGACGGAAUGUUCUGGAUCGACCCGAACCUCGGCUGCUCGUCAGACGCCAUCCAGGUGUUCUGUAAUUUCACAGCUGGAGGCCAGACCUGUCUUUACCCUCUCUCUAAAGAUAAGGUGGAAAUGGGGGUCAGUAAGGUCCAGGUGAAGUUUCUGCACUUGCUGAGCAUUGAAGCCACUCAGUCCAUCUCACUCCACUGCUACAGUGAGUCAGAUGACUCCUCCACCUCCAUACAGACACCUGGCAACAUGCGCUUCUAUGGCUGGAACGGCCAGGUGCUCGAGAGGAGCUCCAUGCCACACCAUCAUGUGCUCCAGGACCACUGUGGGGUACGUGACGGCCGAUGGCACAGCUCCCGUUUCCUGCUGCACACUCAGGACCCGACGCUGCUACCUGUCGUGGAUGUGCAGGGUUUCCAGCCCCAGAGUGCAGGGUCUGAGCAGCGCCACCUGGAGAUCGGACAUGUCUGCUUCCUGUGAGCCACUUCCUCCUCCUCCUCCUCCUCCUCCACCUCUCACCUGUGAAACAACUGAAGGACACUCGUUUUAAGAUGGCUGCCUGCAAAGCUGGGUCGCCACAGAGCACUGUGCUGCUGCCACGCCGUCGAGGAUUCCCGUGGGUCUUAAAGUUUGACCCAUACAGGGAAACCACCGUGUUUAAACUAAAGAAGAAAGUGAGCUGGAACGAAGCAGCUCACUCACCUGGAGUCUGGGGGUUUUCUGUGUGUUGAAUAUGGUGCUGGAAUUAACCAAGUCACAGGCUGGGCUUCAGGACUGGUGUUGUUUCUGGGUUAAAAUCAAAUGUGCUGAAAAUUUUUUGAAUAUUUUGAAGAAAUAAUUCAAUCCAGAAUCUAAUAAAUAAGUAGAAUUUUUUUAAAGGCUUAGUUUUUUUAGGUAUUAAAGCUCUGAAUCAACAGUGCUUCCCUGUGAAGAACUCGUGAAACGCUGAUUCAGGAUCAGGUGCCGAUACUCAGCUGUCCUAUAUAUGAUAGUGUUAUUAAAGAAGCACAUUUCAUUGUAUUUACAUCAUAAAGCCCAUUUUUUGGGCAACAAAUAAAGCAUGAUGGACAGCGAUAUGGGUGAGUUUAGCAAAGAGUAACUAAAGGUAGCUAACUAGCUAAUGUUAAAUAUUAGCUUUCAGUUCCCGCCUUUACCUCAGAUGCAGUUGUUCAGGCAGGACGUGUUCGCCAAGCGCAACAAAACUGUUCUUAAAGAGUAAUAAAUAACUGCAACAAUAAUUCCCAGACUGAGCAGAAUAAUCGAGAUUAGCGAUUUAGCUGUUAUCUUACAGACCUGAACCCUGCUAAAUAUUACUGUUAGCCUUGUGUUAGGUUUGAGGAAGGCUACAAGCACAGAGAAUUCUUGAGCUUCACAUGAAGGAAGGUGAAGGCAAUCCUGUAAUCCACUUCUGAUUAAAAGUGCUGCAGAACCAUGAGCGUUAAUGUUUAAUAUCGGCCCUUCAGGAUUACACAUAGCAUCAUUCAGUCCUCCAGACCUCACAAUUUAGCUCAUUUCCUGCUUUCACAUACCAACGUCGCUAGUUAGAAUCCAGAAUCUGGUUUUAUCUUUCGGCAUUAAAAACACUUUCACUCACACUUUCAGUCCAGAUCAGUUCUAGUCCAUGUUAAAGUGAAGCAUUAAACAGUCAUGCUGGUCAUGCACGUCUCUAUGUUUGGACAAUAUAAAUCUUCACUUAAGAACAUAUAAAAAGCACUCAAAAAAAAACAACAACCAGCUUAUCAAUAAGUUCCGGUAUAAGUUUGUAUAGAUUAGGACUCCAUUUAUAAGACUUAAAGUCAUUAAUCUGUUGCUAGGCAACUAAGAAAUACAAGCAAAAGUUUGCUAAUGAGGCUUUAAGGCUAACGAUUAAGUAGGUAUUAAUUUUUUUUUCUUUGGACAACGUAAACACACAUUGAGUGAAUAAUUUAAACUGGAUACAUCACAGCGAAUAAAUUUUUCUUCAGAUCUCUUAUUAAGUUGUUAAGAAAUGAAAGAAAAUAGAGUUAUAAUUACAAUGCAUUUACACUUAUUGACAUCCUCACUAUUACACCAUAUUAAGAAACAUCAAAAUGACAUCUCAACAACAAAUGAAUUGGGGGUCAUUUAUACCAAAAUUCAACUAUAUUACAUAUGUCUAUCUAUCUAUCUUUAUACAUAUAGAAAUAUAUAAAAUCUACAGUUAAAUAAGAUACAUUUUUUGGUUCAAAUAAGUAUUUAAUGGACACAUGUUUUGGUAGCAGUUGUGUGUAUGAUGUACGAGUGCUAAUAUCCUACAUGAUUAGCAAGCCAGGUAUUAGAGAGCUGUGUCAUAUGUCAGCUGUUUCUGAACCUUCAGGGCAUCUUAGUGACAUCCUAUGUAUUUUUUUAAUCGUUUAUUUGAGGCCCUCUGGCUAACUCAGAUGCUAACACCUGCUUGAACCCAUUGAGAAGUUUGUUGUUGAUGAGACGAGGUGAAUGAGGAGUGCAUUGGGACUAACGGAGCAGCGCACGUCCCCGGUGCUGAGAGUGCAAUAGCUUGUGGACGAAACGUGAGUGAUCAAUACUCGCUUUUUAUACAAACUGAACUGAAGCCUAGUCAGACGGCACCUACCUCCUUCCCGCACCGCCUUCCAAGAUGGCCGCUCACGACGCAGAGGCUGCGUAAAGACCUUUAAAGAGUACUUUAUUUGAAAUACUGUCUUUGCAUUAGAGUAUAAUUUAUAUACGAUUAUGUUUGACGUUGACGUGUUGUGUUUUAUAGGCUUUAUUUACAUUUUUUUUCAUAUAAGAAGGCUUACCCUUACAGAAAAGUCUCCCUGCAUUUCAUGAAGCACAGAGUUUUAUAAUGAAAUAUACUGUACAUAUUGUACAAGUACACAUGUGUGUCAUGUAACCUGCUUAUAUGAAGGGCAUGGGACUUCUCUGUAAGGGUUCCAGAACCUUCUCUAUGGUGCUGCGUUCCACACAGCUAGUUAAUCAGUCACUUUUUUUCCCCACUUGUGUAUAUUUUGACAAUAUUAUGUUGGUUUAUUUAUCUUUUUUUUCUUUGGUUAAAUUGCUGUACUCCAGUAAAUUAUAAUAUCUUUGUCAGAGAUCUGGCUAAUUAAACAUUUAGUCCAAAUGAUUAUUUAUAUAAAGUUUGUAUUUCUAUGUGUACACACACACACACACACACACAGGUGGCACAAUGUUUGGUGAUGUCACACUCUGGCAGCUAAAACAGGCCAGAUUCAGAAAAAUCAAACACGUUUAACUUAUAUUAGCACACAUCAACUGGAACAUUCACCCUGUAAAACAACACCAUGUAAAUAUUAGAUAUGUUUGAUAUCAAAUAAACUGGUUUUA